UUCACAAACUCUCUUCUGUGGAAACGAAACUGAUCUGAGUCUCUGUCUCGUCUGUCUGUGUGAGAGUGAACAACCGUCACAAUGGCUCAGCAGGGAGUUCUACUGGACCAGGACCAGUUCUGUUGUUCUGUCUGUCAGUAUCUACUGAAAGAGCCGGUCACCAUACACUGUGGACACAGUUACUGUAGGAGCUGUAUUGAGGACUGCUGGGAUCAGGAUGUUCUGAAAGGGGUCUAUAGCUGUCCUCAGUGCAGAGAGACCUUCACUCCAAGGCCUACUCUGAGGAAAAAUAACAUGUUGGCUGAGAUGGUGGAGAAACUGAAGAAGACAGGACUCCAGGCUGCUCCCCCUCCUGCUCUGUGCUAUGCUGGACCUGGAGAUGUGGUGUGUGAUGUCUGCCCUGGGACCAGAAAGCAGAAAGCCCUCAUGUCCUGUCUGGCAUGUCUGGCCUCUUACUGUGAGACUCAUCUCCAACCUCACUAUGAAUGUACCGAUCAGCAGUGUAUCUGUUAUCAGUGUGUGAUGGAUGAACAUGGAUGAACAUAAAGGCCAUGAUACAGUGUCAGCUGCAGCAGAGAGGACUGAGAAACAGAGGCAGCUGGGGAUGAGUCAGCAGAAGGUCCAGCAGAGAUUCCAGGAGAGAGAGAAGGAGCUGAAGAAUCUCCAAAAAGCUGUGAAGUCUUUCAAGAGAUAUCAGUCUCUCUCCAGUAUCAGUGUAUCUUCAGACUUACCCAGCAUCGUUGUCUGUCCUCUUCAGUACUUUGGAGAUGUGAGAAAGACUGUGUGUGAACUGAGAGACAAACUAGAAGACUUCCUUAAAGGAGAAUGGACCAAGAUCUCCACUACAGUGAAUAUAGUGGAUGUUGUACUGCCUCCAGAGCGCAAGACCAGAGAACGGUUGUUACAAUAUUCCUGUCAGCUCACACUGGACCCAAACACAGCACACACACGCCUCUCUCUGUCUGAAGGGAACAGAAAGGUGACCAAUAAAUGCCAAGUCCAACCAUAUCCUGACCAUCCAGACAGAUUCACCAACUGGUGUCAGGUUCUGUGUAGAGAGGGUCUGUCUGGACGCUGUUACUGGGAGGUGGAGUGGAGUGGUGGUGUUUAUACAGCAGUCUCAUAUAAAGACAUCAGCAGAACACGGUCAGAUGGUGGAUUUGGAGACAAUAACAAGUCCUGGAGUUUACAGUGCUAUAAUAGUGGUGAUUUUUGGUUCAGUCACAAUAAUAUUGUGACUAAAGUAUCAGACCCUCAGUCCUCCAGAGUAGGAGUGUACCUGGAUCACAAGGCAGGUACUCUGUCCUACUACAGUGUCUCUGACCCAAUGACCCUCCUCCACAGAGUCCAGACCACAUUCACUCAGCCCCUCUAUCCUGGGUUUAAUAUCUAUGGUAUUGCUGAGCUGGUUAAACUGUAGUAGUGUCCACAUAGAUACUAGUUUUGCUGGUGUAGUCUAUAGCUGAGCUGGUUAAACUGUAGUAGGGUCCACAUAGAUACUAGUCAUGCUGGUGUAGCCUAUAGCUGAGCUGGUUAAACUGUAGUAGGGUCCACAUAGAUACUAGUCAUGCUGGUGUAGUCUAUAGCUGAGCUGGUUAAACUGUAGUAGGGUCCACAUAGAUACUAGUCAUGCUGGUGGUGAUGGUCCCCAGAUGUGAUGAUUCAUUCUGCUCUGUUUUAUCUACAAUGUUUUAAUCUUGUACAUUUCCAUGAAUCAUGAUGUAUGGUGUUGAUGUAUAUUGGUUGUCAUUCAGAACCAUUGAUAUGUUUUCUCAAUUGGUCAAGUUUUCCAUAGUGGCGUUGAACAGAUAGUAACUAAACUAUAUGGACUGGUUUCCUGGACAUGGAACAGAUAGUAACUAAACUAUAUGGACUGGUUUCCUGGACAUGGAACAGAUAGUAACUAAACUAUAUGGACUGGUUUCCUGGACAUGGAACAGAU